AUGCUCGGCCAGCCAGCACUCCGACUCGCCCGCCCCGCCCUCCGGGCACAGCGCCGCUACGCCUCCCACGGACCCACCUACAACCAGCCGUCCGGCUACGUGUUCGGCGAGCAGGGCGAGGACACACGGAAGGACAGCGACGGAAGGCAGCGAGGACGCUGGGACGCGCUCGGGGUUGAAGUCGGUGCCGUUGUGGACAGUCCGCAGCGCACUCCGCUCGCGGGCAAUUGUGUAACGCACACGUUCGCCAGCCCACAUCAGCCGAAGCGCCGCUCCAUAAGCCACGAAGUGCCGCCCACCUGCCUUUGCGCUCGUCUUGUCGGUGUCGGGGACUUCGAAGAUGGCCAUUUCGAUAACAUCGAAGUACUGGUCCGGUUAUCGGAAAGCGGACUGUCCGAAGUGGAGUGCACUUGCGCUACGCUAGUCGUCGCCCGUCAUUCGCACCGUGUUGUCGCCCAGAUCCUGCGCUCUCGACGUUCUCUCAUGCGAGCUAAGCUGAUUUCAUUGCUUGAGCUGACUCCAGAUCCCCAAGGGCCAGAAGCGCCAACGCGAGUCGUGGGACACGUUUGGAUCGAGUCGCGAACGCCCCAGCGUGCAUCAGCUAGAUGCACAGCUGCGCGUAGACGAUCCUGUGUUUCGCCAAAUUGCGACCCGUGUCACCUCGAUAAGGAUGGACGUUGUGGGGCAGACAUCUUCCGAUCGCGGCAUGCUGUUACCGUGCCUCGUUCGAUGCUGCGACACGAUAAGCGAGGUUCGAGCCUCUUUGUCGUUGCGCGAUCGAGGCGAUGGGAUCAGUUAAGGCUGCAAGGAGCUGUCAACCACACGCGCCUGCCCUUGGAGGUGAUCGACUGUUAUCCGCACGAUGACGUUUAUGGACUGUUUGUGUCUCGGAAAGCUGACCACCACAGGACCCUCUUCUACGUCGGCAUGUUCGGUGGCAUGGCUCUCGCCACCGUCGUCUACAUCUACAAGCCCGACACCAGCAUCCAGACCUGGGCCCUCCAGGAGGCCAAGGCCCGCAUGGACGCCCGUGGUGAGAAGUACGAGUACAACAAGCCCCCCCAGUAG